CGACAGAUUGCACGACGUCAACGCCGGGAGCAGCAUCUCCAGAGGAUGCUGGCUCUAGAUCGCAAACGACGUGCAGAGCUGACAGCCGCGAGAGAGGUCACUGAACCUGCACCUCCAAGUCAGCCAGGUCAUCUCAACGUAGAUCGCCCUAGAAAUGGUACAUUACAUGCUCUUGACGAUACAGGCACCCUACGACGGCGAGGAGCAGCUCUUGAUUUAUCAGAGCAGGACCCACUUCCAUCUCAUACGUCACCGAGAGAACGCUAUCACAUGUCCGACUCGGAACGGCACCAUCACAACAUACUCCAGUGGGUCAAUACUCCGAGCCACAAGAACGAUCCUGCAUUCAAAGACUUUAUCCCCAUGCUCAAGGAUCACCUGCUCUCACGACUCACGGACCGGGAGUACGAUGGCGACGAAGACAGCUUUGGCCUUGACGAACAUGACACAAUCAAGUUCAAUCGUGAACGACCGCAUCUACCUUCACAAGGCCCUCCGUAUCAACUACACGACUCCGACAUCAUGAUGCUUGCACCUGCUGAAGACGACGGUGAUGCUAAUGCGAAUGCACACCCAUACUGGUAUGCACGUAUUGGAAUAUUUCACGUGAAUGUCAAGCACAGCGGCUUCCUAUCGAAAACGAAGUCUGCCCAGCGGAUGGACAUACUCUGGAUCCGGUGGUUUGGUCGUGAUAACAGCGCUCCUGGCGGGUUUGAGACCUCGCGUCUCCAUCGUGUUGGCUUCAUUGACUGUGAGGCGCCGAACGCGUUCGGGUUCCUUGGCCCAAAGCAAGUCCUCCGAGCCUGCCACAUCAUGCCAGCCUUUGCUCAUGGUCGGACUUGUGAGUACCUUCCACCGUCGAUUGCGCGACAACCCGAUGAAGGCGAUGAAGACUAUGUAUACCAUUACAUUGGAAUGUUUGUUGACCGCGACAUGCUCAUGCGCUAUCUGGGCGGUGCGAUAGGCCACAAAGGCUUACCAUCAAACAGAAUCACUGCAACGUCGCUCCUAUCUGCAGUGAACAAAUAUCUCUCACGAAGCAAGCAGACCCAGAGCCCCCGGUAUCCUCAAGAUACAUUGAACUCUGUCUUGCUAGACGAACUCUGGGCGCAGCAUGCAGACGAGCCACAGCAGGAUGGCAACGCAGCCACAGGUGAGGCAGCCGCAGGCAAUGAAGACGUUCCAGUCCCUGGAAAUGAAGACGUACCAAGUGAAGACGAAGGCGAAGAUGUUCCGAGUGACGAGGACGAUUUCGGCUAUCAAUGGGAUUAUGCUGAGAACCUAGAAGAUGCCGAGGAGGACGGAACACGCGAUGAAGGGCCGAGGGCAGAGAGGGCGAGGGCGAGGGCGAGGGCGAGGGCGAGGGCGGAGAUGAUGAAGAGCAGGAUUUUGUUGAUCCAGAUGUAG